AUGGUCAAGCACAAAGCGAAGGCACGAAAGCAUGCCGCUGAGAUCCAGCAGGACAAGAAGGACAAGCAGGAACAGCAGGAUCAGGGGCCAGAAGCACAACAAGAAUCAUCCGAGCGGUUCACGUGCGAGUUUCAUGAUGACUUUCAAGGCAUAGGGAUGUUGCUUGACGUCGACGAGUGCGGACGGCUUGUGGUGCAAGAGGUGAGCAUCGGGUACAAAGAACAAACCCGCCGGCGAACAUACCUGCAUGUAGACAAGGUGAACUUGCAAGGGGAAGCUGGAAAGUACCCGACUCUCUGCCAGCAGAAUCUGCAUAUCGUGGCGGUCGGGAUCGCCGGAGAAAGGGAGGAGAGCGCGGCGGAUGAGCUCCUGCGACAGCUUAUGACGCUGCCACGCCCCGUGCGCGUAGAAUUCGCCACGACCACUGCAGCCACUGCAGCCUCAACUUCCUCUGCACCUACGGGGGCCGUGGCGACGUCGACCUUCUCUGGGGCGGCCCAUUCGUCGCCGCCGACCAGUCGCGACCUUUCGAAGUCGAUGGAACCGGCUGCUCUCCCUGCGGAAGAAGCGCAUGAGGCACCGGCGGAGGAAAACGCCAAAGCUGAGGCGGAAGACGGGCAUGAACAGAGACCUGGUCUCCCGCUCGCCGGAGAAGAACAAGAACAAGCGCCAGAAGGAGAAGCUUACGAUCACAGCGACCAGUCCGUCCGUACCACCGCGGAAGAGGACGAGGGGGUGGGGGGGCAUUCCCCUUCGCGGCCGCAGCGACAUGAAACGCUCCCCGGUCGGGAUCGAGGGGGUCGUGUUGACGACAAGGGGCCAGGACCCACGGCGGUAGAGGGUGAACAAACCAUAGGAGGAGGGGAACGAACGACGGAAGAAGAUCACUACAGCAAGGAACAGCUCCUCCUCAUGAGCGAGGAGAGGCGCCGCCAAGCACCCCGACGGCCGCAGCGGCAUGGAACGCUACCGGAGGGCAGCGAUUGGGAAGAGAAUCUCCGUAGCGGUGGGAGCGGGACGGCUGCCCCUCCUCUGAAUGCUGCCAGCGCUGUUGCUCCCCAGACCGCUCGCUACGAACCUGGUAACGAGGAAGCGUCGUGGUCGGUGGCUGAGGAGGCCAACUCUCGCUCCAAUCCAACCUAUGGGGCUAGCAGCCUGGCGAAGUCCUGGUACAGCCCGAAGGACGACUCCGACGACAGCGAGAGGGGAGCAAAAACAGCCAGUCCCCGCCACUCCUGGUACACGGCCAAUCGAAUGAGGGGUGGGCACGCCUCAGAUGUCAACCAUUCCACCCCUUUCACUCGCGCAGCGGCGCUGGCCAAGGCUCGCGCGUCCGAACAUCAGGCGUCUCCACUCCCGAGAGAGACCGAGGUGACAGCGGCGGGAGAGGAUGGGGACGAACCGGCGCCGCCGUGCAAGGGUCCCCCCACGGACCAGGCAAGCAAGGUCGUGGUAGCAUCACCAGCCGACGGUGGUGGCGGAAGGGAUGGCGGCCGUCUGCCUAACGCCGUGAGCGCGAGACAGCAUCGGUCGCCUUCCUGGUACCGGGAGGACAAAGGGAAGGAAGGAAGAAGCAGCGGUGAUGAGGGGAUAACGCCCAAACAGGCUCAAGUCGUUGGCGUCGCGGGUGGCGAAAGCAGUGGCGGAGUUGACGAUGCCGAUGCCCUCACCGACGCUCCGAACAAGGGGACAGUGACAAACGACUCCCGAUUUGCCGCUAGUGCUACCGAUCACAAGAAGACGGGUCCCACGACGGCGGCGGCAGGACGAGGAAGCGCGAGCGGCCAACAGCCUUCCAAGGCCGUGCCACGCACAGGAGCGGUCAGUGCCAGGCUCCAUCACUCUCCAUCUCACAUACUACGAGGAGGGGCGACGCUUGGUAAGCAGGACAUUACUCCAGGGACGACAGGAUCGGCCACAAUGGCAACAGCGGCUGACGGGUCGAACGCCCGAAGCUCGCUCGCGACUGAAACCAACGCGGCAGCGACAAAGACCGCCAACAACGCGAUUCAGAACCGGGCGGCUCCUGCUGGUACGACAGCGACAGAAUCAACAGAAAGGGCUUCACAGUCGGCAGCCAUGCAGAAACGAGCAGCCGCAAAGGCAGAGUUGAUGCAUUCAUUUUCCCCCAGCGUUACCGACAGCAAGCCUGGCACUCACCGCAGAGGCGAAAACACACCAAGUGCAAGCAUGACGAGCCAGAAUCGGCGCGUCGACGAAGAGCCUGCUGCUUCUGCCACCACGGCGAGAGGUGUCGGGGUCACGGCCGACCGUCACCAACGCCGGAGCACCAAACUAUCAACGAGAGGCGCUCCUUCCGUUGCGGCUGCUUCAAGCAGACGCCAACAACGCACGGCGGCCGAGUACUCAGCAGCAGCUUCGUCCGUCGACGCCCGGCAGCAGCGAGGGGGAGGAACUGGCGUAGGGAGCAGAAGGACCAACACUCAACAGCCACCGCCUCCGCAGCAGCGCACGAGAAUGAACCCGUCGAUCGUUCCGGCGGACGCACCUCCCGACAACGACAACGACGGCGGUGGUGACGGCGAAAACGACCACGCCGCGGCCGCACCCAGCUCGCGAAGGUCCUUCGUCGACGACGGGGGAAACGCCGGCGGUGGUUUGAACUCGUUGCAGAACUACAAGCCGUUCUCGAGACGGCAGAAUGGAAGGCGAACGCACUCUGACGGUGUGAUUCUCGGAAGGGGGCGAUCCACGUCGCUCAGGCCGUCCUUCUUCCUUCCCCUUCCUGAGGAGGACGAGCCCUCGCCGCCUCCACCUCCGCCGCCCCCGCCCCCGCCGCUUUCUCUCGGCGGAAGGCGGCCGAGCGUCGGCCCCGCCAACCCGCGGGCGAUGUAUGGGCACGUGCCACCCCCCCCACCGCCGGACGAGCAGCCACAGGGCAGCGUUACCCGGCGCCCCUCUGUGGUUGCCCUGCCACCGCCUUCCCCCGAAAGUUACCGAGGAGCGUCGAUGGCAUCGAGGGUCACCUUGGCUGAGUCGUCUGAACCUGGUGGUAGGUCACGUGUGGCGAGGUUCGGGGCAGCUGCCAAUGAUCGGCGAAAAAAACCCGGCGAGACGGCACGGACAGAGUCGGGACGGUCGGCAUCGGCGUCCUCGAUGCGAAAGAGCAAGAGCAACUUGGGAGAGAGCAAUCAGACGAACAAGAACAGCAGAGCGCCCAACGGGCAGAAAAGAGGCACCGGCGUCGCGUCUUACCCCAACCUCCUCGCCGAGAGAAGCCAGGGAAAUAUCAAGGUGGAGAAACUCCAGCUAGUCCUGAACAACACUAACCCUAGAGAGGAAGAAAACGGUUUAAGGUAUGCUCAAAGUGGAAGGAGCCGGGACCCAGGGAGGCAAGGAGCGGGCGGCGGUGUCGGCAGUGCGGCGGACCGACCUGGGGAGACUAGCACGGCCUGGCGAAAGAUGGCAGCGAGGGACACGGCGGCCGCGCUCGAUUUCGCGGAGUCGAGCGUGCAGGAGCUGAGGAAGUUGGCAGCGGCCACGGCAGCAGCCAGGCAGGAAAGCUCGUCGUCUUCCGAAGGUGGCGGUGAGGGCGACGGUGGCGCGAACAACGGACGCCGCCGUAGAUCAAGCACAGAAAGGGACGAGUCACCAACGAGGUCGAUGUCGUGGGAACAGCAGCUCCGCACGACGACCGGUGUCAACAGGGACCCUGCCGCUUCGAACACGACCAGGCGCCGUCAGAACAGCACGGGCAAGAUGAGCCGGCCGUCUUCUUUCACGGGGCUUCGCGUAGGCGGAGAACAAGAGGGAGGAGCAAACACCCGCCUGGAGGGAGAAACACCGGAGAAGAAAACCGAAACAGACAAGGGUUUGAAGGGCGGCUCGGCACAAAACGUCGUGGCCUCUGCCCCUCCACCGCCGACUACCCCUCCUCCGAUCGCGUGGAACCGGCUCCAGAUUGACGUCGGGAAGACCCAGACGUGGGGAGGAGCUAAGGAAAGCGGCCAACCGCCCGCGGUUGACGAGCACCAACACGUGAGCGGCGGCGGCGGCGGCAGCGGGCAAGCGCCGGUAGCGGCAACGACGUCGAGGGGAGGAGUUCGCGGCCGAAGUAGCACUGGCCGUUUCCGAGCAUCCUCCACUGGCCGGACUAGGGCCCACUCGUCGUCUCGUGUAACGUCUUCUUCCGCUGCCUCAAAAUCAGCGGCGGUCGCAGCGGCGGCGGCGGCAGCAGCGGCAGCAGCGUGCUCACAGCUCCGACCGAAAGGGACGCGAACGACGCCAACCCGCGCAACUGAGGCAGCAAGGGCCGCGGCGGCAACGGCGGCAGCGGGGGUGGGGUCUGCGACGAUGCAAAAUGGCAACGUUGAGGGCAGGGAGGCGUCGCAAGGCCCCGAGGUUGCCCGGGUACGCGUGAGCGUCCGCUCGAGCGUUUACCUCAUCGUGGCGGAAGUCGAGAAGGCCGGCUCGAUGCUGUUGGACCAGGUUUCAGAGGCUGAGAAGCUAAGGCACGGCCAAAAUGCGGCGACGGUGACCGGCCUGACGAACGAAUCCACGGGGGAUACCGUGGACCUGGAUGUACCAGCGGAAAGGUCGAUUUCUUCGGGAGACUCUCUGACCGCCAUCGUGGUGGGGUGGUCGCCAACAACAUCCCCCCCGGGCGCCCGAACGAAACAAUCACGCCGCCUCGGCGCCGGCGGCGAGGGCGAGAGCGGCGGCGCAACCAGCGCUCGGGGCCGAGCACCCCAGCGCCAACACCACCGACAUGACGGGUCGCCGCGGUCGCGCGAAGGUUCUCGGCCUUCCCCCUUGCGGCUAGAGUUCAACGACAACGAGGGCCGUGGCGGCGACAUCGAUCAGCUCCGCGACGACGUCGCCCGCCGCCUGUACAAGGAGAGAUUGCUGGCCGGAAGGGGCGCCGCGGCCGCUUCCUCGCCGACCAGGCCCAUUGGAUCCCCGGCCAUCACGCCGGUCACCGGGGGCGGGAGGGGAGCGUCCCCGGAGCACUCCCGGCCCACGUCGCCGAGGUCGGCCUCCCCGCGAGGCGCGACGAAGGGGCCCGGGAGAUCAUCUCCCCGCGGGAGCGUAAGAGACGGCGGCGGGGGGGGAUCGAGGCCGGGGUCUCCGACUAGGAGCGUUUGCAGUGCGGCAUCGGGAUACACCCACUGCAGCGGGUUUUCCGUUCGCAGUCGCGGCCCCGGCCGCGGCAAGGGGGCGGCAGGAAACAGCGAGGCCGCCUUCAUGGCGCAGAGUACGCUCACACCCGAGGAGCUGGACGGAAUACUGAAGGAGGAGCUGCUGAAGAGCCGCAAGUGGUCGGCUCGGAAUCGCAACGCGCAAGACAAGAUCUGCCGGGUGUGGGAGGAGCGGGGGGCCGACUACAAUCGCCUGCAGCGGGAGUUCGAGGAGGCCGAAGCGAUCCGGCAAGACAAAGCACGCCAGCGACGAGAAACGGAAGCGGCACAGGCAGCGGCUAAGGCCCGCCAGCGGGCGGCGCGUGCCGAGUCGGCCCUCCAACAGGCCAGGAGUUCGAGAGGCAGCCGGGACUCGAGAGCGAGGGAGGCUGAGGCUGCACACCGAAGGCGCAUGCAGCAAAUCACCGACAGGAGAGACAGAGAGCAACGGAUGCACGCGACGAAGGUGCAGGCGAUGGACCGCCGAAGGGAAGACGUGCGCGACUCGUUCUUGGACAUGGUGGACGCCGAAAACGAAACCGCCAUUCAAGCAUUGGAAACCCCGCUGGAGAUGCUUAACCGGGCAUUGGAGGAAGGAGACGAGAUCUCGGAGAAGAAAGCGCGCCGUGCGAUGUUGAGGCAAGCGGCUAGGGAACGAGUGCACGUGCGAGAGAAAGCAGCGAGAGUGUUGGCCGAUCAGCGGAGGCUAGAGCAGAAAAACGCCGGGUAA